AUUUAGCGCAUGUUUAUUUUUACAUCACCUCACAUCGCCUCCUGACUCUUCUUACGUGGCUAAUAAAUAUGAAAUUGGGGUUUGGAACAUGCUUUAUAGGAAUAACAGGAAUAUGCUGCACUCCAGUUAUCAGUUUAUAUGAUGGAAGUGAAAGAGGAGAGUCAAGCUGAAGUGGAUGAGAAACAUCAGAUUGUAAAAAUAAACCAUAAUGUUUCACAGAAAGAAACUCUGAAGACAGAAGACAUAAAGUGUGUAAAUAGUUUCAGUGAAGAAGAACGCCCUGAAGAUCACAAGAGGACUCACAGUGAGGAGAAACCUUUCACAUGUCAACAGUGUGGAAAGAGUUUCAGAAGAAAAUCUCACCUUAAAGAACACAUGAGAAUUCACACCGGAGAGAAACCUUUCACAUGUCAACAGUGUGGAAAGAGUUUCUCUGUUGAAAGUAACCUUAAGAUACACACAAUGAUUCACACUGGAGAGAAACCUUACACAUGUCAACAGUGUGAAAAGAGUUUCACUUCUCAAUCGAACCUUAUCCGGCACAGGAAAACUCACAGGGGGGAAAAGCCACACGCCUGCCAGCAUUGUGAAAAGAGUUUUCCAGAUAAAAGUCAUCUUAAGAUACACGUAAGAGUUCACACUGGAGAGAAAGCUUACACGUGUCAUCUGUGUGGAAAGCGUUUCGGAGAUAAAAGUGGACUUGAUAUUCACAUGAGGAUUCACACUGGAGAGAAACCGUUCACAUGUCAUCAGUGUAAAAAAAGUUUUAACAUUAAAAGCAACCUUACAAGACACAUGAAAAUUCACAUGGAAGAGAAACCUCACUCUUGUCCUCAGUGUGGAAAAAGUUUCAGUAAUAAAAGUGGACUUGAGAUUCACAUGAGAAGUCACACUGGAGAGAAACCGUUCACAUGCCAUGAGUGUAGAAAAAGUUUCAGAUGUAAAUACAACCUUACAAUACACAUGAAAAUUCACACUGGAGAGAAACCUCACGCAUGUCUUCAGUGUGGAAAGAGUUUCAGUAAUAAAAGUGGACUUGAGAUUCACAUGAGAUAUCAUACUGGAGAGAAACCUUACAGAUGCUCUCAGUGUGGAAAGAGUUUUACAAAUGAAAGGACUCUUAAGACACACACAAAAAUUCACACCGGAGAGAAACCGUUCACUUGUCAUGAGUGUAAAAAAAGUUUUAACAUUAAAAGCAACCUUACAAAACACAUAAAGAUUCACACUGGAGAGAAACCUCACGCAUGUCUUCAGUGUGGAAAGAGUUUCAGAGAUAAACGUGGACUUGAGACUCACCUGAGAUAUCACACUGGAGAGAAACCUUACAUAUGCUCUCAGUGUGGAAAGAGUUUUACAAGUGAAGACACUCUUAAGACACACACAAGAAUCCACACUGAAGGAAAAUCGUUUACAUGUCAUGAGUGUAAAAAAAGUUUCAGAUUUAAGCACAACCUUACAGCACACAUGAAAAUUCACACUGGAGAGAAACCUCAUGCAUGUCUUCAGUGUGGAAAGAGUUUCAGUGAUAAACGUGGACUUGAGACUCACACAAGAAUUCACACUGGAGAGAAACCGUUCACAUGUCAUCUGUGUGGAAAGAGUUUCAGAGGUAAAAGCGACCUUACAAAACACAUGAAAAUUCACAUGAAAGAGAAACCUCAGACAAUGACAAAGCCAAUCAUAAAGCAAUGUGAGACGGGACUCAUUGCAGAAAACGAGAUCUGUUAACCAUUUGUGUACCAUAGACUGCAUUACCUUUACAUAACACGGUGGUAAGAGAUUUGAAUCUCAUUUAAAUGAUUUCUGUGUAAAUAAAUUCUACAAUGACUUUC